GGUCUGGCUGCAGUGGCGCUGCUUUCCCUCUGUGACUCCAUAUGUACGAGGCCCAGUCGCAUUCGUCCCAACCUAAUCAGCUGGUCCUCUAUGUUGUCAUAGCGACACAACCAGCCUCUAUAAAAGCACGGCCAACCUGCAUGCACACACGUCUCUCCAUGUCAGACAAGUCUACGUGCAAGUUUGCCUGCAGUGGAAACCAGGAACGGCGGAAACCAAUGUCUCUGGGAUCCUCUGAUGACAACCGGACCGAGUCUGCCUUCACCUCCAAACUGACCCCAGCUGCUGACAUAUGUGUGGGACUGGCCAUCCUCUCAGUGGUUCUGCUCUCCGUUUUGGGCAACGGGCUGGUCCUGGUGAUCUGUUACCGCAGGAGGAAGAAGAUGGUGGGCUCCGAGCUGCUGUGCGUCAACCUGGCUGUGGUGGACUUCUUCUGCUGUAUCUGCUUCUACCCGCUCUCCAUCAUGUCCUCCUUCAACCACGCGUGGCUGGGGGAGAACAUCACGUGCGUGUACUACGGCCUGGGCUGUUACAUCUUCGGCCUUUGCGGCAUGUUCACCGUCGCCGCCAUCAGUGUCACCAGAUAUUUGAAGACCUGCAACAGCUUUUUCUACGCCUGGCUGGACGGUGCCAACCUCCGCAUCAUGUGCGCUGUCAUCUGGCUGGUUGCCACCUUGUGGUCCAGCUUCCCUCUCUUUGGAUGGGGCGAUUACGUGCCCGAGCCUUACGGCCUGUCCUGCACCGUAGCCUGGAAGGGUUACCAUACGUCGGCAAAGGAUGCCUUCUACGUCAUCUGCUCCUUCGCCUGCUUCACCCUGGUCCCCGUCCUCCUCAUCGUGGUGUCCCAGUGUCAGACCCUCUACAAGGUGUCCCGCUUCUCUGACACGCUGUCGGCGAGAGGCAUCCGCAACAACCUGCGGCGCACCGAGAAGCGUCUCUCUGUGAUGUUCUUCUGCAUCAGCCUGGGUUUUGUGAUCGCCUGGGCACCGUACGCCAUCGUCUCCUUCCUUUUCAUUUUCCACAAGGGCGACUGGUACAUGGCCCCCGAGGGCUUCGUUUUCCCGGCCCUCUUCGCCAAAAGCUCCCACAUCUACAACCCGUUCAUCUACUUCUACUUCAACAAGACGUUCCAGCGGGAGCUGCGUUGCCUGUACCUCUCGCUCUGCUCCAAGCUGGGGGGAAACCGCGUAGGCGUCCACGUUGCCACCGUCCCUCAGCCCCCGUUCCCCAUUCACAUUCAGCUCCAUGAACGGGGUCGCGUCAAAAAGCCCAAGACCCAGGACAGAACUCACAGUAAGAGCAAAAGCAAAAGCAAAGUUCAGUGCACCAGUGACAAUGGUGUCAUCGGCAGGCCGGUGUACACCUGCUGGGGCUCCACGUCCAAGAACUCGUCCAACAUUUUGAACACUAAACCUGCCGAACACUGUCUGCCUGUCUCCAUAUGAACUGUGCUGCUUAUAUACAUGCACAGGGAUCUUUGGUUUGAAGACUACGUGAAGGCGACAAUCAUGAUCCCGUCUGGUCCUGUUCUUAUGCUGCUGACGAAUUAGAAAUGAUCUUGUGUAAAGUACCUUAAAGGGGAUACUUGAGUGAAAGUACAAGUAUCUUACCAGAAAAUUACUUUUUUUAAUAAUAUCACUUAAGUAAAAGGCUGAAAGUCUAUGACAUUUACUGAACUUAAGUAUCAAAUGUACUUUUCUGAUAUAAAAUGUACUUAAGUUUCAGAAGUGAAAGUAUUUUUAAAAAAAGUGAGGCGUUGGGGUUGAGCCAUUGUGCCUCAGUGAUAGGGUGAGUUGUCUUUCAACUGGAUGGUUGUGGGUCCAAUUCCUAGCUCUGCUAGUGUAUGUGUGUCCUUGAGCAAGACACUUAACCCCAUGUUGCAGAACAUGA